UAGAUAGAUGGUAGUUUUUUGUUUUUGAAUAAAAUUCGCAAAUAUGUCAUCAACGUGGUCUGAAAUUUCAAGUGUUCAGAAAGAAAAUCGCCAUGAACUUGUAUUAUCAGGAUCAGAAAUAUCUGAACGAAUUAAAACAUCUGGAUUAGACACAUCAAUUUAUACUUUGAACGCUUUAAAUUAUUUAAACAUAAGUGAAACAUGUUUAGAAAGCAUUUCAGAUGAUUUAUCAAAGCUUAUAAAUCUUCAAACACUAGUAUUACAUUCAAAUAAACUUGAAAAAUUACCCAAUUCAAUAAAAAAUUUGGUAAAAUUAAAAACAUUAGAUGUAUCACGUAAUAGUAUCCUAGAAUUACCAUCGGAAAUUUCUGAGUUACAACAAUUAAGUUCAUUAAAUGCUAGUUCGAAUCAAUUAACCACGAUACCAACUUUAUCGAAAAAUGUAAAGUUAUCUAUUCUGGAUUUAGCCAAUAAUAAAAUUCAAAGUUUCCCAGAUAUUUGUUAUAAAGAAUUGGUACAUUUAGCUGAACUUAAAUUGAAUAAAAAUGAAAUUGAAACUAUACCUGGUAGUAUUAAAAAUUUAUCGGCAUUAAAAGUAUUCGAUAUUUCUGAAAAUAAAUUGAGUGCUAUACCGUACGAAGUUUACGAAUGUUCCAAACUUAAAGAAUUGAAUUUGAAAGAAAAUCCACUAGCUGAUAAACGUUUAUCAAAACUUGUUGAUCAAUGUCGCACAAAACAGGUAUUAGAUUACGUGAAACAACAUUGCUCAAAAUCAGGAGAUUCAAACGAUGGCGCUUCAAAGGGUGGUAAAAAGGGUAAAAAAUCCAACAAUAAAAAAUCAGAUAACGAUCAACGUAAAUCUGAAUCAGAAGAUUCUAAUCAGACAAAACCCAUGCACAAAAUAAAUGUUUUGCACGUGAAAGAUGAUACACGCAACAUAAAAAUUUGUGACAAAGUGAAAAGUGUCCGGCCACAUAUUCUAGCAUGUAUUGUAACAAAUUUAAAUUUUAAUGAGAAUAGUUUUAAAAAAUUCAUACAAAUUCAAACGAAAUUGCACGAUUCAGUAUGUGAUAAACGUAAUGCAGCUACAAUUGCUACACAUGACUUAGAUAAAUUGUUACCAGGUGAUUUAUUAUAUACAGCGGAAGUACCAAAUGAUUUGAAAAUUCAACCGUUAAUGCGAAAUAAAAUUUAUACUGGUGCUGAAUUAUUUGCACAGUUACAAACAGAAGCUGAUAAUUUACGGAAAGAGAAAAAACGUAAUGUAUACUCUGGUAUACAUCGAUUUUUAUAUUUAUUAGAAGGAAAACCUGUUUAUCCUUGUUUAAUGGAUGGUGAAAAUCGUGUUAUUUCAUUUCCUCCAAUUACAAAUAGUGAUAUAACCAAGAUGUCAAUUGACACCAAGUCAAUGUUGAUUGAAGUAACAAGUGCUGCAUCUCAAGGAGUAUGUCGAAAAGUAUUAGAUACAUUAUUGUAUGAAUUACUUUUCUUAGGUAUCGGUGGAAAUGUUGAAAUUGAAUCAGAUACCAAAAACGUCUUUCAUUUAUUAAAUAUACAACAAAUGAAAAUUAUUGAUUUGGAAGGCAACAUGAAAGCAGUUUAUCCAUCUCGUACUGACUUAGUUUACGAUGAUAAAAAUUUAUGUGUCAAUCGAGAAUAGUUACCUUUUCUUAUGAAUUUAAUUUUUUUUUUAAUAUGAUCCCACCACGCAUGUGAAAUGAAUUUAAUUUGUUUUUAAAUAAUUUUGUAUAUCAAGCGUGGAUCAAGAUAAAAUCCUUAUGUGGGGGCAUUAUGAAUUUUUCAUGAGUGUUCUUUGAGUUAUUAAUAAUUUUAUACUGAUCUAGAACCUUUUGGUUUUUCCAAUUUCAUUCUGAUUAUUAACUGCUCAUCGCUUGGAAUGGGCAGUUACCUCCAGCCUCUGAAUCCCCGCUUACAUAAUUCUUACCUUCUCAAUGAAGUCAUUUACUGGCUCUUAAGAUUUGUUUCCAUAAGCCAUCUGCUCUUAUAUCGAUUGUAAGAUUAUAUUAUGGUUAAUUUUCCAUGAGCAAUCGGGAAAAAAUUGAUUGAUUUUUAAAA